CGCCCACCCCGUGCCCUUCCCCCAGUUCCAAGUGGAAGCCAAGAUGAAAUUCCACUUAGUCAUCCAAAAAGAAAGAAACCCAAAGGAAAAAAUGCACUGGAGGGUAUUGUUCAUGCAACUGUCCGUCGACCAUCUGAGAGUAGUGAACCUCUAACACCUGAGGUUCAGGAUGCUCCACCGCAAAGAAAACGCAAGAAGAAGAGAAUGCCUCCUGAAUCUGAGACCUCUUUCACCCAGCAGAACAUGCCCAACACAUCCUUUUUUCAGAAUGGAAAUGGCAUGGAUCCCCAGCCCUCUGAAGAAACAGUGAUUCGUAAACCCCGGAAAAAAACAAAGAAGACUCGGCUAGCAGAAGUGCAAUGUUCCAAUGAACUCGGAGUGGAGGAAGAGGACAUUAUUGAGGGUGAACAAACAAAAAGACCAGAUCAGCAACCUGUGUUUGCUGCUCCCACUGGUGGUAGCCAGCCUGUGAGCAAAGUGUUCGUUGAGAAAAAUCGGCGUUUCCAGGCAGCGGACCGCACAGAAUUGGUUAAAACCACAGAAAACAUUGAUGUGUUUAUGGAUGUGAAGGCUUUAUGGACCACCAGGGAUGUGGCACUCUCAGUGCACCGUGGUUUCAGGGUGAUUGGACUCUUUACUCAUGGCUUCCUUGCUGGCUAUUCUGUAUGGAACAUUAUUGUAAUAUACAUUCUAGGAGGAAACCAGCUAUCCACUCUCUCAAACUUGCUACAGCAGUACAAGACCUUAGCAUAUCCUGCUCAGAGUUUCCUUUAUUUGUUGUUAGCUAUCAGUACAGUUUCAGCCUUUGACAGGAUUGAUUUGGCUAAAGCAUCAGUAGCUGUGCAAGGCUUCUUCACCCUGGACCCAGCAGCCAUAGCUUCUUUCCUAUACUUUGCUGCUCUCAUCUUGUCCCUGAGCCAGCAGAUGACAAGUGAUAGAAUCAACCUUUACACACCACCUUCGGAGAAUGGGAGCCUUUGGACUGCAGGUGCAGAGGAACAGAUUCUUCAGCCAUGGAUUGUGGUGAAUCUGGUGGUGGCUCUUCUAGUUGGGCUAUCCUGGCUUUUCUUAUCUUACCGACCAGAGCUAGAUCACAGUGAAGAACUGAUAUUUCGUGCUGCAAUAGAAGAAUUUCCUCAGCCGGAUAAAGGCUCCAAUACCCAGUCGUAACACAGAAAAUGUAUCUUCAAAUACUGUAGCUGAGACUGAUGGCUUAAUACUUAUAUAUAUAUUGCACCUGUAUAUAAUGCUUUUCUACAAAACAAAAUUUGUAUUUUUGUAAAUUGUUUAUAGUUUGAUGGAUCUUUUUAAUUUUGCUACUUUGAAAAUUUCCAGAGAUUUUUGAAAAUAGGACUAUAAAACAUUUCAUAGUUUUCUUCCUGAAAAAGUGAAUCUUUUCUGGCAGAUAAACUCAAAGGCUACAUCUACACUGCAGGCUUUUUGCGUGAGCUUUUCUUGCACAAAAACUUGUCGGGUGUCUACACUGCAGACACGUUCUAGCGCAAGUUAAUUUACAGUACAGCAUUGGAAAACAGGACUUCUUCCAGAAGAGUUAUUCCUCUCCCCAUGAGGAAUAAGCCCUCUUGCGCAAGAGCUCUUCUACAAGAAGGCAGUGUAGACAGGCGAUAUGAAUUUGUUGUGCAAGAAACCCCUGUGGCUAAAAUGGCCAUCAGAGCCUUCUUGUGCAAGACAGCGUCCGCACUGCCAUGGACGCUCUUGCGCAAAAGCACAUAGCAGUGUGGACGCACUUUUGUGGAAGACCUUUUCCACAAGAACUCUUGCGCAAGAAGCCUGCAGUGUAGACGUAGCCAAAUGAGUUUAGUACAAAUCACUGCCUAGGUAGCAUGGGAAAACUGAUGCAAUACAAAAGAUCAGAUGGAUAAAAGUUUUUGAUAGUAACAUUUUUUCACUAAGCUGAAUUUGGGUGUUGAUGUUAGUGUCAGCACCUUUGAUUAGGAUAUUGUAAAAUAAAAGUUAUUUUAACAGACUAUAAAGUUAAAGAGAAAAGGACAGCCCUUUGGGGAGUUCUGUUCUAGUUGUGUCAGAAAAAUGAGUUGCUGGUGACCAGAAUUAGGUUGUCUAGGGCUAUGACUGUAGUAUAGAGUGAAGUCUAUACAAGAAUCACUGAUCAUCAUAAACUGCAAUAACAUUGUUUGCAUAUGUUCCCAUAAUCCUCCCUGUGUCAGUGGAAUGCAUCCACAAUUGGUUCUGUAACAGAGAGCAGUGCACAAUGGGUAGCUGUACAACUUGCUGCCACCUGCUGUUAGAAAUGGUAGGAAUGGAUCAGAGUGCAUCAAGGUUGUGGGCUUCCUGUCCCAUGAUGCAAUUUUUUGGCACAGCUUUUCAUGGAUGUAUGCCUGCAUUUCACACUGUUUUUCAACAGCCCCUAUAAACUGUGCACUGCCGUC